AUGGACUUCCAGCAGGACGCUUUAAGAGGUAUAAAUUUAUAGCUGGUAAUAUGACCUAGGUUUGAGUGCCCCAGUUGCCAUUUAACCAUCGUAAGUACACGCAAAUUCAUACCCCAACUUUAGUACAAGGGUUGGGGGGAGGGGGGGGGGGGGGUUGGGGGACCCCCCCCCAAACAUUUUUUAUUUUUUUUUUGUUUUUUUAUGAAAAAUUUUUACCUUCGGGGGUUGGCUUUUGUUUUUUAAAUAAAAAGAGAGUGGAACGAAGCGAACAAAAAAAAAAAAAAAACAAUGUUGGCACGGCGGAGAGGUGUUUAAGAAUAAAAUAUUGUUGGUGGGUGGUGGCGCCGUUUGGGGUGCCCCCCUCUUCCUUUUUCACCCCAUGGCGACAACCAAAUCCCACCCCCACAGAUGUGGUGGGGGGGGGGGGGGGGGGGGGGGGGGUGGUUGACGGAACCCCUCCCCAAAGUUUUUUUCAUUAUAUUUGCAGUUUUUCGAAGCAAUUUUGCCUUCAGUGGAAUGCCUUUGAUCUUCUCAACGAGAUGAGGUAUACUUUGUUGGUCAUCUUGGCCGCGAAUAAGAAAUCAGAUUAAAAUGGCAUGGCAAUGAAUUGUAAUAUUUUUGUGUUUGACAUGUAAAAUAACACAUAAAUAAGCACUUUGUAUGUCAUUUCAUCCACAAUUUCUACUUUUAUUGUGGAAAAAAGGUGAAAAAAAAACUAUCACCAAACUUGUCUCGCAAGGGAUAAACGAACAGCUACUAAAAACUGAGCUGAUGUUUCAUCGUCUACGAAAAAAAUUUAAAAAAAAGCAGAGGGGGUUGGCAACCAUCCCCGCCGCCUUGUACGUCUGAGGGUUAAUAGAUGAGUGCAUAAAUUUAUGUGCGUUUAUUUAGUUUUGACCCAUUAUUGUUCCGCUAAGCAAGUUUUUGCCGCAAAAAGUGAACGCGAUGUUGAAAGAGUUCAAAGCAUGGAGGCAAAAGAAAUUGCAGUCAAAACGUCAAAACGUCAGAAGCCGGUCCGGUGAAUAAUAUGAACAAUUCAGGGACAUUAAUACCUGUCGUUUUAACGGACUGUUGUCAUACUAAGCAGCUCGAAAUUAGGAAUGACUAAUAUCAUUUAACUGGCCAUUUUCGAGUUGCGGAGCCAUUGUUAUGGAAAUGAUUUCGUUUUAUUCUCAUGCAAACAAUUAAGCUCAUUUUCAGAACAAAGUGGAAGGGUUUGAAACUCGGAAAUGGCCCAGAGAGAAAGAUGUUUUUUCAGUCACUGACAAAGGUGGCUUAGAAGAAAAAAUCCGAGUACUGCCAACAGGAGUCGAACCUGUGACCUUCUGGUCCCGGUUGAUCAAAAGAUGGAUACCGCUAUCCAUCGUAUAAAAAAAGUAUAAGGGAAACCAAUUGCGUUAUCCAGUGGAUAGUGAUUUAUCUAGUGGAUAGCCAUCCUCGGAGACCCAGGGGCAGAUAGUGGGGGCGAGGGAAAGUCUAAACGGGCGGAAAAAUAUGGCACGAAGAAAAGUAAAGAACGGUGAGAAGAGCCCCUGGGGACAAUGUCUUACCAGACCAGUUCCAAACGGUCGCCCACACUAUCUGCCCCUGGGUCUCCGAGGAUGGUGGAUAGCGCUCUGGCGCCUGGUUAUUAGUCCACAUGCUGUUCACUGAGCUACAGGAGAUUCGUGGGAGUCACUAUUCAUUUUGCUGGAACUUACAUAUAUCUCGAGCACACAAACGUUUAGAAAACAGACGACAUUUCGCGACGCCAUCAACGGUUUCCCCGCGAAAUGACGUCUGAGAAAAGAGCGCAGAAACUCCAUACUGAUGACACGUUAUCUGGGUAGUGCUUCUGAUUGGCUGAGGCAAAUUUCACAAAGCGGCACGACCAAUCAGAAGCAGCACCCAGAUCUGGGUAGUGAUGCUUCAUGAGUAUGAAAUUUCUUCACUUGUUUCUCAGACGUCUUUUCGCGAGGAAACCGUACUUUUGUAAAUGUAGUCUGGUAAAACCGUUUAUUAUCUUACAUUUUUACCAAACGUUUGCGGUGUAGUUGCUGUCUCUGUGAUAAGUAGUAUUUUGCCGAUUUAAGAAAGCUUUAUAUUUUGAGAUAUUAAUCCUGUUUAUUUCUCUUGCCUCAUUUAACCACAACGACGAUUUUAUGAAAGGGAUUGGUUUCUAAAGCAAUGUGGCAUAGUAUCAGUGGAGGAGUGCAACGCAAAACUUGGCUUUAUCAGUGGCCGUAUUUAUACUAGAAGACGCGCCCGUCUUAAACGUCUGAGUGUUAAGUGCGUCGUUAAGUGCGUCCCGUUUUAUACUAGACGUCUUAAACGUCUGAGAAGACUAAUUCAUCUGUUAAGGGCAUCGAUCGGACGCACUUAACUUCAGACGUUUUAUUCGUCUGACGUUUAAUGCGUCUGCCUUAUUUCCGGCAUUUAUACCAGACAUCUAAGUCGUCUAAGACGUCUCCAACGUCUCAGACGUCUUAGACGUCCUCUAGUAUAAAUACGGCUAAUGAUAUGAGUUCGUAAAAAAAUUGGUCAUCGGACAGAGUCAGGAGUAGCUGACCGUUAUAGCGGUAUGAUUUUAAUCUGAUUUAGUUGGGCAUUGUUAGACAUACUCAGAAGCAUUGUUUUCGUUGUAGAAAAAGCAGACGAUUUCAAUAAUGCAGGCAAUGAUGCAUACAGAAAGAAAGAUUUUGCCACAGCCAUUUUCCUCUACACGGAAGGAAUAAAAGUUGAAUGCAAGGAUAAAGAACUUGUGUCCAAGCUGUACAACAACAGAUCGACGAUAUACUUCUAUCGAGGUAAAUGUUUAAAGAUAAACAAUACACUGGUAGAUCCAUGCACCCUCAUCCUUUUUACCCUCAUCCUUUUAAGCAAGACAUUCUGAAAGAAACCUCGGGUUGCCACUUUCUUUUGAUCAUCGUAAAGGACAUAUUCAAGCAAUAUUUUGUAAAUUGUUUUUCUCACCUUUUUCUAAAAAGGAAAUGAAGAGAUCUUACCAAUUCUGGGUUUUCAAAACAAGAAGUUUUCAGUUAGCCCCUCCCACAACUUGGCGACGCGUGCGGGGAAAAAUUUAAUAAGGGCCACUAUGGGGAGUUAAUACGGUAAAGGCAAUGUAAGCGUUGUGUUGGAUUUAAGGACACUCUGGCCGAAUGCCGUGUUUAAAUAGACGCUGGCUAUCCGUUUAGCAAUUUAACUGCAUUAACAAAUUUUAUGUAUAUAAAUGUGUAUGGUAAUCCACUCUUCCUAAUUAUAAGUAUCAUUUCUUAAGAAUAUCGGUAUAAAAGAUUCAAUCUUUUUCAGGAAAUUACCAUGAUUGUCUAAGUGACGUAAAAGCUGCAACAACACUACAACCGUCUUAUCUCAAGGCGAUUAUUAGAGGUAAAAAUGACUACGUAAAUGUGAAAAUCCGAAACUUAAUCUUACGUUGUCAUUUUAAAUGAGUCGAACUUUUUUUCAAUAGGAGCGAACGCCUGUGUAAAGUUGAAGCAAUUUGAAGAAGCCAUCAUCUGGUGUGAAAAGGGACUGGCCGUAUCCUUUCUUAGAAGAACACAAAUUUGACACUGCAAUAUUAUUACUUCCUUUAUUUCGAAUGGGACAGUAUACAAUCUUCUCUAAAUUGGCUUUAAUAAAUAAAGCCGGGUUGGUUUAAAUACGUUACCUGUUGGAGAAAGGUUAUUAGCAGCUUAAACAAAACGCAGUAGUGUAUAUGUACAAUAAGGACUAUUGUUAUACAGUUGGAAAUUUCUUCUCAACAGUGCGCGGUCUCACUGCUUACUUCGGGGUCUCAUGAAAACUAACAAUGAAACUGUUUCCCGCCAAAAUCUCCAAGCGGGCAACAUUGCAAAAAAUCUAUAGCGUCAGAGGGUAACAAUGCAAUUUUACCCGCGAAUGUUGACCGAUGACCGCUGCUGAUGAAUUUCCAGCUUCAAAAUUUCCAUCUAUAUAACAAAUCACUUAAAGACUGGUCCCUCGGGAAAGUGUAAUUUUUUUUCCCUCGUGACCAGUCAUUAAGUGUUUAUGAUUACUCCUACUAAUGCUGCUUAGACUGUCAGAACUACGAUCUCUGUCGCCAUUUAGGUUCUAAGCUUCGAACACAAAUUUUUUUAAACAUCUUUACACUUGUAAGAUUGAUCCAGACAAGCAGGAUCUCUUAGAGAUAAAGAGUCGCUCUUACAGAGAAAGCGAAACGCUUCCGACACUUGAAGGAGACAAAGCAGAAAAAGCACAGGGCGAUCCACGAACCCAACCAAAACCUCUUGAUUGCACAUGUAAGUGA